AUGAAAACACUCAUCCCCCUCGUCCUGGCCGCGGCCGUUCAAGCCCGUCCUGUGGUUGACGAUCGCUUUCCUUAUACAGGCCCUGCGGUCCCUGUCGGUGACUGGGUCGAUCCCUCCGUGAAUGGCAAUGGAAAGGGAUUCCCGCGUCUUGUUGAGCCGCCCGCCGUGAAGCCAAAAUCGGCACAUCCCAGCAACAACGUUAAUGUGGUUUCGCUGUCGUAUUUGCCGGAUGGUGUGAAUAUUCACUACCAGACGCCGUUUGGGCUCGGACAGGCACCGAGUGUUAAGUGGGGGAAGAAGAAGGGGGAGUUGGGGAAUGUCACGAGAGGGUAUUCGCAUACGUAUGAUCGCACACCAUCGUGCUCCGAGGUCCGCGCAGUGACGCAGUGCAGCCAAUUCUUCCAUGAAGUGCAGCUGCCCAACCUCGAACCAGCAACAACAUACUAUUACCAGAUUCCAUCCGCGAACGGAACCACCGAGUCAGAGGUGUUGAGUUUCAAAACAGCACGCAAAGCAGGCGAUCACACGCCAUUCAGCAUUGCAGUCCUCAAUGACAUGGGCUACACCAACGCAGGAGGCACCUACAAGCACCUCGUGGACGCCGUCGAAAAAGACGCUACUGCGUUCGCCUGGCAUGGCGGCGACAUCAGCUACGCGGAUAACUGGGCCUCUGGCGUUCUCCCCUGCGCGGACGACUGGCCUGUCUGCUAUAAUGGGACAUCUUCGAAGCUGCCCGGUGGUGUGGUGCCGGACGAGUACAAGGCACCCUUGCCGAAGGGGGAGAGCCCGAAUCAGGGAUCCCCCCGCGGUGGAGAUAUCAGUGACAUUUACGAGUCGAAUUGGGAUCUGUGGCAGCAGUGGAUGGGGAAUGUAACGAGGAAGAUCCCGUACAUGGUUCUUCCUGGCAAUCACGAGGCGGCGUGUGCCGAGUCUGAUGGGCCGGGGAAUGUGCUGACUGCGUACCUGAACGAUGACAAGUCGAAUUCGACGGCUGCCAAGGAGAACUUGACGUACUACAGCUGUCCGCCAUCGCAGAGAAACUACACGGCCUACCAACAUCGCUUCCGCAUGCCCGGCGCGGAAACCGGCGGCGUAUCCAACUUCUGGUACUCCUUCGACUACGGCCUCGCGCACUUCAUCUCCAUAGACGGCGAGACCGACUACCCCAACAGCCCGGAGAAGACCUUCGCAGAAGAUGUAACAGGCGACGAGGCCCUCCCCACCGAAUCCGAAACCUUCAUCACAGACAGCGGACCCUUUGGCGCUAUCACCGGCAGCUACAAGGAGAAAAAGUCGUACGAGCAGUACAACUGGCUGCAGAAGGAUCUGGCGAGCGUAGACCGCUCCAAGACGCCGUGGGUGGUUGUCAUGAGCCAUCGGCCGAUGUAUUCUUCUGCGUAUUCAUCAUAUAUGAAGAAUGUCCGGGAUGCGUUUGAGGCAUUGUUUUUGAAGUACGGCGUUGAUGCGUAUCUUUCCGGGCAUAUCCACUGGUACGAGCGGAUGUUGCCUAUGGGGAACAACACCAUCGACACAGCCUCCAUCGUGAAUAAGAACACCUACCGCACCCAUCCCGGCAAGUCCAUCACACACAUUGUCAACGGCAUGGCAGGCAACAUCGAGAGCCACACUGAGUUCAGCGCCGGCGAGGGAUUGACCAACAUCACGGCUGUUCUGGACAAAACACACUACGGCUUCAGCAAGAUGAGCUUUCUCAACGAGACGGCCCUCAAGUGGGAGUUUAUCCGCGGCGAUGAUGGAUCUGUCGGCGAUCAUUUGUUGUUGUUAAAGAAUUAG